AUGGGAGCCCCGGCGCCAGCUCUCUGCUUGCUACUCACCUGUGCCUGGCUGCCCCGGGGUGAACCGGCUGGGGAGUCCCUGCGGGUGCAACGCCUCGCACCCACACCGCAGGCCCCUGCAGAGCUGCAGCCAGAGUCGGCCUGGGUUCCCAGCAGCAGCCACCAGGAAGGACCCAUCGCCUUUGGGGAUGCCACAAUAGCAGUGGAAAGCCAGGAAGCUGAAGCCCCAGACUCCUCGGCCAUGACUUCCUGGGAAAGGCGGCUGCAUCGGGCAAAGUGCGCACCGUCUUACAUGUUCUCCUGCUUCAAUGGGGGUGAAUGUGUGCACCCUGCCUUCUGCGACUGUAGACGUUUCAAUGCCACUGGACCGCGCUGCCAGUUGGUAUACAAUGCUGGACCUGAGCGGGACAGCAUCUGCCGGACGUGGGGGCAGCACCACGUGGAGACGUUCGACGGUCUUUACUUCUACCUCUCUGGGAAGGGCAGCUACAUGCUGGUGGGGCGCCAUGAACCUGAGGGGCAGAGUUUCUCUAUCCAGGUGCAUAAUGACCCACAGUGCGGCCCCUUCCCCUACACCUGCUCCAGAUCUGUCAGCCUCUUCCUUUCGGGUGAGCAGGAGAUCCGCCUGGCCAAGGAGGUCACCCAUGGAGGCGUGAGGGUCCAGCUGCCCCUCGUAAUGGGGAGCGUGCACCUACAGCGGCUGGCUGGCUAUGUGCUCGUGCGACACCGGUCGGCCUUCACGCUGGCCUGGGAUGGCGCCUCAGCUGUCUACAUCAAGAUGAGCCCCGAGUUCGUGGGCUGGACACGUGGCUUGUGUGGGAACAACAAUGCUGACCCACAGGAUGAUUUGGUGACCAGCUAUGGGAAGCUGACAGAUGAUGUGGCAGAGUUUGUGCACAGCUGGCAGGACCAGGCUCCUAACCAGCCCGCAGGGCCUGCGGCCACCUCCCUGCCUCGUCCUCCGUGCCUGCAGCAGAGCCCAGGAGCCAUGCAGGGUGUGUACGAGCGGUGUGAGGCUCUGCUGUGGCCCCCGUUUGAUGCCUGCCAUGCCUACGUCAGCCCUCUGCCAUUUGCAGCCAGCUGUACCAGCGAUCUCUGCCAAUCAGCAGGCGACGAAGCCACAUGGUGCCGGGCACUGGCAGAGUAUGCCCGGGCAUGUGCCCAGGCAGGACGGCCACUGCAGGGCUGGCGUACCCAGCUCCAACCAUGCAUCGUGCACUGUAAGGAGAAGGACUUCACCUACAAUGAGUGCAUCGCCUGCUGCCCUGCCUCCUGCCAGCCCCGAGCAGCCUGUGUGGACAGCGAGAUCGCCUGUGUGGACGGCUGCUACUGCCCCAAUGGGUUGAUCUUUGAGGAGGGAGGCUGCGUGGCCCCGGCUGAGUGUCCCUGCGAGUUCCAUGGGACCCUACACCCACCUGGUGCUGUGGUGAAGGAAGACUGCAAUGCCUGCACGUGCACCGCAGGCAAGUGGGUAUGCAGCACAGCUGUCUGUCCAGCUGAGUGCUCAGUGACCGGUGACAUCCACUUCACCACCUUCGAUGGCCGCCGGUACACGUUUCCUGCCUCGUGCCAGUACAUCCUUGCCAAGAGCCGUUCCUCAGGCACCUUCACCGUGACGCUGCAGAAUGCCCCGUGUGGCCUGGACCAAGACGGAGCCUGUGUCCAGUCAGUGUCUGUGAUUGUGCACCAGGACCCUCGGAAGCAGGUGACCCUGACUCGGAUGGGGGAUGUCCUUCUGUUUGACCAAUACAAGAUCACCCUACCCUACACAGAUGAUGCCUUUGAGAUCCGGAGGUUGUCCUCCGUGUUCCUGCGUGUGAGGACCAACGUGGGUGUGCGCGUGCUGUACGACCGAGAAGGGCUGCGGCUGUACCUGCAGGUGGACCCGCGAUGGGUGGACGACACCGUGGGCCUCUGCGGCACCUUCAAUGGCAAUACACAGGAUGACUUCCUGUCCCCAGUGGGGGUGCCUGAGAACACCCCACAGCUCUUUGGCAACUCCUGGAAAACAUUGUCUGCCUGCUCUCCACUGAUUCCUGGCUCCCCGCUGGACCCCUGCGAUGUGCACCUGCAAGCUGCCUCCUACGCCGUGCAGGCCUGCAGCGUGCUCAUGGGGGAGCUGUUCGCGCCCUGCUCCACACACCUGAGCCCCGUGCCCUACUUCGAGCAGUGCCGCCAGGACACCUGCCGCUGUGGGCAGCCGUGCCUGUGUGCUGCACUGACCCAUUACGCCUACCUGUGCCAGCGCCAUGGACUCCCCAUCAACUUUCGUGCCCACGUUCCAACCUGUGCCCUGUCCUGUGAAGCCACCAAGGAGUACAGCCCCUGUGUGACCCCGUGUGGACAGACCUGCCAGGAGCUGGCCAAUCCUGAGGCCUGUGGGCUUGAUGCUCGUAAUGACCUCAGCAGAGACGAGUGUGUGGAGGGCUGUGCCUGUCCCCCAGACACCUACCUGGACACUCAGGCCAAUCUCUGUGUCCCCAGGAACCAGUGCUCCUGCCACUUCCAAGGAGUGGACUAUCCCCCUGGAGACAGUGACAUUCCCUCCCUGGGCCAUUGCCACUGCCAAGAUGGAGUCAUGAGCUGUGACAGCAAAGCUCCAGCUGCAGCCUGCCCUGUGGGCCAAGUCUUCGUGAACUGUACUGAGCUGCACACAGACCCAGAGCUGAGCAGGGAGAGGACAUGUGAACAGCAGCUGCUGAACCUGAGCAUGCCCGCACGGAGUCCCUGCCUUUCGGGCUGCGCCUGUCCCCAGGGCUUACUCAGACAUGGAGAUACAUGUUUCCUGCCAGAGGAGUGCCCAUGCACUUGGAAGGGGAAGGAAUAUUUUCCUGGGGAUCAGGUGAUGUCUCCCUGCCAUACCUGUUUGUGCCAACAGGGCUCCUUCCAGUGUGUCCUGCACCCCUGUGCUGCCACCUGCACUGCGUAUGCUGACCGCCAUUACCGCACCUUCGAUGGGCUCCCAUUUGAUUUUGUGGGGGCUUGUAAAGUGCACUUGAUCAAGAGUACAUCAAAUUCCAGCUUCUCUGUGAUUGUAGAGAACGUGAACUGCUACAGCUCUGGUGUCAUCUGCAGGAAGUUCAUUUCCAUCAGUGUUGGGAACUCACUCAUCAUCUUUGAUGAUGACUCAGGAAAUCCUAGUCCUGAGAGCUUCCUGGAUGAGAAGCAGGAGGUGCACAUGUGGAGAGCGGGGUUCUUCACGCUGGUGCACUUCCCACGAGAACACAUCACCCUCCUGUGGGACCAGAGGACCACAGUUCAUGUGCAGGCUGGGCCACAAUGGCAGGGUCAGCUGGCAGGCCUCUGUGGGAACUUUGACUUGAAGACAGUCAAUGAGAUGAGGACUCCGGAGAACCUGGAACUGACUAACCCCCAGGAAUUUGGCAGCAGUUGGGCUGCUGUGGAGUGCCCAGACAUCCUGGACCACCGGGACACCUGCGUCCUGAAUCCCCUCCGAGAGCCCUUUGCCAAGAAGCAGUGUGGUAUUCUGCUGAGCGAGGUGUUCGAGACCUGCCACCCUGUGGUUGAUGUCACUUGGUUUUACUCAAACUGCCUGACCGACACAUGUGGGUGCAGCCGGGGCGGGGACUGCGAGUGCUUCUGUGCCAGCGUGGCUGCCUACGCGCACCAGUGCUGCCAGCAUGGAGUGGCUGUGGACUGGCGCAGCCCACGCCUCUGCCCAUACGACUGUGACUUCUUCAAUAAAGCACUUGGUAGAGGCCCUUACCAUCUGGCCAGUGUGGCGGCCGGGGGUGCCCUGGUAGCCGGGAAGGCAGGGGGCGAAGGUGUGGUUCUCAUGAGGUUAGAGGAUGUGACACCAGGAGACAUUGUGAGCUUCCUGCUGACUUCAGCUCUGUGCAAGGCCAAGGCCCAUGACCCAGACGCUGUGUCCCUGGAGGCAGCUGACAGACCCAACUUCUUCCUCCAUGUCACGGCCAACGGGUCACUGGAGAUGGCCAAGUGGCAGCGUGGUGAAACCUUCCACUGCCAUGCCUCCUUCCUGCUGCACCGGGGCACAUGGCAGCCAGGCCACAUGGCCAUCGAGUCCCUGGCAAAGCCCGGCUCCUUCCUGAUGGUGGCAGGCCCUACACUGAACCUGCGGCUAUACGAACACACAGAGGCCUUCCGCUGGGGCACACUGUUCCGCCUCCUGGAUGCCAAGCCCUCAGGCGCUGCCUACCCCACCUGUGAAUGGCACUAUGAUGCCUGUGCCAGCCCCUGCUUCCAAACCUGUCGGGAUCCGCGUGCAGCCAGCUGCCAAGAUGUGCCCAGGGUAGAAGGCUGUGUGCCCGUGUGCCCCCUGCCCAAGGUUCUGGAUGAAGUCACGCAGAGAUGUGUCUACUUGGAGGACUGUGUGGAGCCAGCAGCCUGGGUCCCCACAGCAGCCCUUGGCAAUGAGACCUUUCCUGCCAGCCAUGUGCACCCCAUCCCUGGUGAUAAGGAACCACUACUUCCCCAAGAAACCCCUGGACCGCCUACUCACAGGACUGCCCUUGUCCCGGCAACCCCUCUGUCCACGGCCCUGAGCCCGCGGAUGGCAGCCACUGAAGAACCCAAACCGCCUGUGCGCUCCAGCCGGCCCACGCCACACCAGUCACCUGGCCUCACUGUGACUCACCUUCCUGUCCACACCACAGAGGCCCUGGCUGGCCAAGGGGUGACCACCAGUCUUCCCCCAUUCAGCCCCCACGCCCCAGAGUCCUCAUCCCUUCCCCAUUCAUUACAGACACCCCCACCAGGUGCUGUGUCCAGUGCCGUGGCGACAACCAGGGUGGUUAUGACCUCUGCAGGGGAUCCCAAUACCACAGUCUUUUCCAGGUCACCUCCUGUACCUCGCCUUCCACUCCUGACCAAAGCUGUAACAGUCCCCAGCCCAGGCUCCUUGCCCUCACCAGCCAGCCCCUCCUUCAGGCCUGGGGCUCUGCCUGGAGGGACCUCCAGGCCUCUAGCCUCCUCAGGCUCACACAAGGCUUUGCAGACACCUGCACAAACUAAAGUCACUAAUGACACAGACCUCCCCGGGCUUUCCCAGGCCCAGAGCACUUCCAGUCCCAGCAUCCCCCUGGCUGCGGUUACCACAGCAACACAUCAGGCACCUGUUGGUCCUCUGAUAACCGAGGGGCUGGAGAAGGAACAACCUGGGCAUGGCCAGGUUGGGGGCCUGCCUGCCUUGUUGCUUCUAAGCCCAGUCCCCACUGCCCCACCAUACUCUGCCCAGCACAGCACAAUAGCCACCAGGCCCCCAGGCAUGCCAGCUGCCACCAGCCUGUCCACAGUUGCUCACAGGGUGGGGGCCACGCCUGUUAUGUCUUUGGAAUCCACUCAGCCAUCUAAGCUCCUCUCUGGCCUACCUCCCGAUACUAGUCUUCCCUUGGCCAAGGUGGGCACAUCUGCCCCAGUAGCCACACCUGGCCCCAAAGUCUCUGCUACUACUCCGUCACCCCAGCAGCAGGUCACCUCUCUUGCCAUGACCACCGCUCCACCUGCUCGGAUCCUCAGCCCAGCUCUGUCUCACACCCCAGCCAAGCUGUUCCAAUCAUACCCACCCAGGCACACAGUGCCCCCGGCUGCAGGCUUGCCUCUAGGGACCAUGCUGCCCACUUCUGGAGCAGGGGCAGCCUUCACAGCCUCCGUGACCCCACCAAGCAGCCCCACAGAGAAGCUGGCUGUGCUGUCCAAGCAGGUGUCCCUGCCUGCCUCUGUCCAUGCCUCUGCCCAGGGAGGCCUGACCACAAAGCUCACGCCCACUGCAGCUCACACAUAUGCUCCCUUGGUGACUAAAGCCGAGGGCCCCUGGGCUGGCACGGUGCUCCUGGGGCCCACCUCUCACCCACUGAGCCACAUCUCGGCCAGGACGGCCUCCCGAGAGAGCUCAUUGGUUCUGCUGCCCCAGCCAGCAGAGUCCCACGGGACCUCUUCCAGGCCCCAGCCUGCAGUGGAACCAGUGGGUGAGGCUACCACCCAGCAGGCUGGCCGCUCAGCUCCAGCACACAGCAGCGCGGGGAGUUUGGUCUUGGUCUCAGCAACCACCAUGGAGGCGAACACUUCUGCCACCUGUGUUCCAAUUGCUGAGCAAGACUGUGUGCGUCACAUCUGCCUGGAGGGCCAGCUCAUCCGUGUGAACCAGUCUCAACACUGUCCCCAGGGCUCCUCACGGCCUCGCUGUGGGGUCCUGGGCCUUGCGGUGCGUGUCGGCGGGGACCACUGCUGCCCCAUCUGGGAGUGUGCCUGCCGCUGCUCCAUCUUCCCUGACCUGAGCUUCGUGACCUUCGAUGGCAGCCAUGCAGCCCUGUUCAAAGAGGCCACCUACAUCCUCAGCCAGAGCACAGAUGACACGGUCACGGUCCACGUCCUUGACUGCAAAAGCGCCAAUCUGGGGCACCUGAAUUGGCCCCCAUUCUGUCUGGUGAUGUUGAAUGUGACUCACUUGGCCCACCAGGUCACUAUUGAUCGCUUCAACCGGAAGGUGACUGUGGACUCACAGGCUGUGUGGCCCCCUGUGAGCAGGUAUGGGUUCCAGAUUGAAGACACGGGCCACAUGUAUGUGAUCGGGACGCCCAUGCAUAUCAAGAUCCAGUGGCUCCACAGCUCAGGACUCAUGAUCCUGGAGGCCAGCAAAGCCAGCAAGGCCCAGGGCCGUGGCCUGUGUGGUAUCUGUGAUGGAGACGCAGCCAACGACUUCACCCUGCAGGAUGGUUCUGUGGCAGAUGGACUCGAGGACCCUGCUCCCUUUCUGGAGAGCUGGCAGGUGCCCAGCUCCCUGGCCUCAGUGGGUCAGACCCGCUUCCGCCCAGACAGUUGUGCCACGGCUGACUGCUCACCCUGCCUUCGCAUGGUUUCCAACCGUACCUUCAGCGCCUGCCAUCGCUUUGUCUCCCCAGAGUCCUUCUGUGAGCUGUGGAUCCGAGACACAAAGUAUGUGCAGCAGCCCUGUGUGGCCCUGACCGUGUACGUGGCCAUGUGCCACAAGUUCCACGUGUGCAUUGAGUGGCGGCGCUCUGAUUACUGCCCCUUCCUGUGCCCCAGCAACUCCACUUAUCAGGCAUGUGUGGCGGCCUGUGAGCCACCUGAAGCCUGCCAGGAUGGGCUGCUGGGCCCACUGGACCCAGAGCAGUGUCAGGUACUGGGCGAGGGCUGCGUAUGCUCUGAGGGCACCAUCCUGCACCGGCGCCACUCUGCACUCUGCAUCUCCGAGGACAAGUGUGCCUGCACUGACAGCACUGGAAUGCCGCGGGCCCUGGGGGAGACCUGGAACAGCUCUCUCAGCGGCUGCUGCCAGCACCAGUGCCAAUCCCAAGACACCAUCGUCGCAGUGGACCUGGAGUGCCCAGGCCCCCGCCUGGAGAGCUGCCCACGCUUUGGGGAGGUGGCCGUGCUCAUGCCCACUGAGGACCCCUGCUGCCUGGGGUCUGUCUGCGUGUGUAACCAGACUCUGUGUGAGGGCCUGGCACCCACCUGCCGCCCUGGCCACCGACUCCUCACCCACUUCCAGGAGGAUUCCUGCUGUCCCAGCUACAGCUGUGAAUGCGACCCAGAUCAGUGUGAGGAGAGGCUGGUCCCCAGCUGCCGCGAGGACCAGAUCCUGAUUGCCGGCCGCCUGGGGGACUCCUGCUGCACCUCUUACUUCUGUGCCUGUGGUGACUGUCCCGACCCCAUCCCUGAGUGCCAAGAAGGGGAAGCGCUCAUGGUGCACAGGAACAGCACAGAGCUCUGCUGCCCGCUGUACCAGUGUGUGUGUGAGAGCUUCCGCUGUCCCCAAGUGCAGUGUGGCCUGGGCACAACCCUGGUGGAGGUGUGGAGCCCUGAUCGCUGCUGCCCCUACAAGUCCUGCGAGUGUGACUGCGACACCAUCCCAGUGCCCCGGUGCCAUCUGUGGGAGAAGUCCCAGCUGGAUGAAGAAUUCAUGCACAGCGAGGAGAACGUGUGCGGCUGCGCCAAAUAUAAGUGUGUGAAGGCCCCUGUGUGUCUGAGCCGUGAGCUGGGAGUGAUGCAGCCAGGCCAGACAGUGGUGGAGCUUUCAGCAGACGGCGUGUGCCACACUUCCCGUUGCACGGACAUGCUGGACCCCCUCACCAGCUUCUACCAGAUCAACACUACCUCCGUGCUAUGUGACGUCCACUGUGAGGCGAACCAGGAGUAUGAGCACCCACGGGACCUGGCAGCCUGCUGCGGCUCCUGCAGAAACGUGUCCUGCCUCUUCACCUUCCCCAAUGGCACCACUUCCCUGUUCCUGCCUGGCACGUCCUGGAUUGCAGAGUGCACACGCCACCACUGCGGCAGCACCCCAAUGGGCGCUGUGCUCGUGCGCUCGCCCAUCAGCUGCCCGCCACUCAACGAGACUGAGUGCGCCAAGGUUGGGGGCUCUGUGGUGCCUUCCUUGGAAGGAUGUUGCAGGACAUGUAAGGAGGACGGACGCUCCUGCAAGAAGGUGACCAUCCGCAUGACCAUCCGCAAGAAUGAUUGCAGGAGCAACACCCCGGUGAACCUCGUGUCCUGCGAUGGGAGGUGCCCCUCCGCCAGCAUCUACAACCACAACAUCAACACCUACGCCCGCUUUUGCAAAUGCUGCCGCGAGGUGGGGCUGCAGCGGCGCUCUGUGCAACUCUUCUGUGCCACCAAUGCCACCUGGGUGCCCUACACGGUGCAGGAGCCCACCGACUGUGCCUGUCAGUGGUCCUGA